AUGCAUCCAUCUUUCAAACCUAAAACCUCUUCUGAUAAGUUCAAUAUCUUAGUUGUGGAUGAUGAUCCCACAGCUCUUUCUAUUGUUUCAGCCUUGCUGAAAUCAUGGAACUAUGAAGUUCGUUCCUUUUCUUCAAUUCAUGAACGUUACAUCAAGGCUUCUUUAUUGACUCUUUCAUUUCAUUUUCAAAUUAAUUUUCACGUUGGUUUACUCUAUUUUACUCUUUUAAUUUCAGCUAUUACUGUGAAAUCCCCAGUCGAUGCUCUAGCAACAGUGAGAACUCAGCAUGAACGCAUCGACCUUGUCCUUUCCGAUCUCCAUAUGCCAAUUAUGAACGGGAUAGAACUGCAAAAACAAAUCGAGGAAGAAUUUCCUGAGAUGCCUGUCAUUAUAAUGUCCUCAGAUGACAGAGAGAGUGUCAUCCUGGAGAGUUUAGCCAGUGGGGCUGUGUUUUACAUAGUAAAACCAAUCAACCCAGAUGACCUGAAAAAUGUUUGGCAAUAUGCGAUUACAUCGAAGAAAGGUAAAGCUAGGUACCUGGAGGAAAUGAUCAGCAUCCAUUUCGGCGGAUCCUUAUCUCGUGAGACUGUUAGUUCAGCUUCAUCUGUAAACGAUGGAAGGCAUGGAAAAACGAAAGACAACAAGAGAAAGGCCAGCAAAAAGGGCAAAGAAUAUAUGGAAGGAGAAAACUCCGUUGCUCCCAAGAAGGCCAAGGUGGUUUGGACAAAUUCUCUUCACAAUCGCUUUUUGGAAGCCAUAAGGCAUAUAGGCCUAGAAAAGGCUGUCCCCAAGAAAAUUCUUGAGGGCAUGAAUGUGCCAGGCUUAACUAGAGAAAAUGUCGCUAGCCAUUUGCAGAAAUACCGGCUCUUCCUAAAACGAGUUGCAGAGAAAGGCAUUACUAUAACAACUAAGAACUUCUCUAGUAGGAACGUUAUGUCCAAUAGUUUUGCACCAUUGGGGCAAUCCUCAAUGUUUCUUAACCUUGCUCAACAAGACAGUCAAAAAUUACAGGGAAUGCAGCCAACCAGAACUUCAUUUCAACCUGCAAGUUAUGGAGGCACCACCUCGGCUUUUAAUGGUGGCAACAUUGGUUCAAGGCAAGGACCUUCAAGCAGUUCUGUGUCUCAACUGGGUUUGCAGAUGGAAAAUCAAGCUAAUAUUUAUCAACCAAACUUUGGAACCACAAAUCCUCUCAAUCAGCCAAAUCGACCCACUUUUGGAUUGGGAUCAAAUGACUUUGGAAACCGUUCGUUUGCCCUUGGAGGCACGCCCGGUGGUCUUAUGAAUAGCGCCAAUCCGAUGCAAAUGUAUCCUCCACAAGGAAUUUUCAACAACCUUCCUCCAAAUUAUGCUGGGAUGCCCUCUCAAAUUAGCCAAACGACACUCAAUGAUAAUUUUUUAAACGGGGGCUGUGACUUGAUCAAUCCUUCUCACAAUGAAAAUGUCAAUUUUGGCCAAACGGGAAGUGCUUCAUUUGGUUAUUUCCCUCCUGGAGAGUCAUCUUCUGCUAUGUUUGAUCGCCCAUAUAACUCAUUCCGGCCAGCAUUUGCCAGUUUUAAUCAACAAGAAAGCACUCAAGUCUUGCCACCCUAUGGCAUCGACAACGGUGGGCAAAAUAAUUUUACUUUUGAUUUGAUGAACAAUGCGUCUGCCUGUGGUAAUCCACAGCAAACGAGGGAAGGUGACAUUUCUGGCAUUCUGUUUGGGACGACUGACAAUCCAUUUAAGUUUCAGCAACAAGUUGGUGAAGGUUCCUUGAACCCUACCUCUGGUGGCAGCUCAAAUUUUGUUCAACCGAAUCCUCCAGGCAAUCCAUCCUUGAACCUGGACUUUUCUGGCCCGUUUUGUGUCGAACAUUAUGAUCCUUGGCUUAAUGAUCAGCCAACUCUUGAUCAGCUUGAGGAGAUUGUUGAAGACAUCAACCUUAACUCGGAGAAUGGUAACAGCACCAUUGAUGACUACUUCCUAAACUUCCAGCAAAACGAAGAGAAGAUAACCUCUCAGCUGCAUGACCUACUGCUAGACAAUAACCUCCCAGAAAAUCAAGAAUGGGACGAGGAGUUCCUGAACUCGUUGUUCGAUGACCACCCAGCUUUCUGAGAGAGUGAUAACAACCUGGGAAGGAGCUAAAUCCACUAAUGGAGAAACUUUUAUCAGAUUUUAUGGAUUGGAUUUGGUUAAAUUUAUAUGUAGUAGUUUGGUUUUAGCAACUGUCGAACUUGGUCGUUGCUUCUAAGUUUGGUUUGGUUAAGUGCCUUACCUAUGAACUUAAUACCUAGUAUAAAUAGAUAAAUUUGGAAAACUUUUUAAAUAA